AUGGAAAGUAUCUAUUACUCUCGUAGCCCCUACACACAUGGUUGUAUUUUGCUUACAAAUCUCUUGGACAAGUGGAUCGGUCCCGUCAAAGGUUUGGAUAAUGUACGAUACCUUUACCUAACAGGCAACAAUUGCUUCAAAGUUUCAGAGACGUUUUUGCCCAUGCGACCAACCUGGAAACAUUGCUCAUUGUGCGCAUGUCUGGCUUUGUUCCUGAUAGUUCUGCUGGUUGGAAUUGUCCGCCGACAUCGCUGGAAACUCCGUUAUCUGUUCUACAUGGCGACUAACUGGCGAAAGAGAACGGGUUACCAGAGACUGGACACCGCCGAAGAGAAUCCAUUUGGUUACGACGCUUUUGUGUCUUAUGAAGACUCGGAUCGAACCUUCAUCCGUGAACAGGUUAUUCCCCGUUUGGAAAGGGACGCUGGCUUAAAACUCUGUAUAGACAGGAGAGAUUUCAUAGCUGGACUCUAUGUUACUGACAACAUUCUACACGCCAUACAGAACAGCAGGAAAACCGUGAUCUUCCUCUCUGAAAGUUUCCUAAAAAGCAAAUGGUGUGUGUACGAGAUGAACAUGGCUUGGAUGGAGGGGAUUCAUAGCGGCAGAGACGUACUGGUGAUGGUUCUGACAGAGAAAAUACCGACCAGUCAACUUUCCGCUGAUAAUGUAGACGUCAUCCACAACCAGACGUACAUGGAGAUGACGAACAACAGGUAUGGCGAGGCGCUCUUCUGGGAGAGACUUGCUUCGGCCAUUGAGGCUAACUAA